AUGGGGGGCCGGUUGACGGCGGACGGCGCUCGAGCACUUUCUAAUUCGAAUCUGAAGCUGGUUCGUUCCAUUGGUUCUCCUCCUCGCAUUGUGAGGGUACAGGGGGCCCCCGGGGGCCCCCCUGGGGGCCCCCAGGGGGGCCCCCCCGGGGGGCCCCCAGGGGGCCCGCCCGGGGGGCCCGGGGGGGCCCCCAUGGGGCGGAGCGCACCGUUUGUAUUGGAUGAAAGCACAGGGGAACUGGUAGAUAUUGAGGCUGUGCCUGGGCUGUCUCACCUGCGCAGCAACCCUGCAGCAGCAACACCCCCGUAUAGUAUUGUAUAUGAUAAACAACUCCCUUCUGUGAAUCCUGAUGUUUGUGAUAGAGAUGCUACGCAUCAUAUGACGAUACCAACUCCACUUAUAUUUAGAUGGGAUCUUAAUCUAGAAACUCCAUCAUCAUCUGCUGCUGCUGCUGCUGCUGAGGAUUCUGCUGCUGCUGCUGCAGCAGCAGCAGCAGCAGCAGCAACAGAAACAGCAAAUACAGCAACAGCAGAAACAGCAGCAGGUCCUGCUGCAAGGGACGCUCCUGCUGCAGCCGCGCCUACAGCAGCAUCACCAGCAGCAGCAGGAGCAGCAGGAGCAGCAGCAGCAGCAGCAGCAGCAGCAGCAGGAGCAGCAGCAGGCAGCAACGAGGGAUAUGAGGGGUCUGCAGCACCCCCUUCUUUAAUAUUAAAUGUCGGAGAAGAUGUAGGGAUAGGGGCGAAGGAUAGAGAUGCACAGACACCCCAACCGGGGAGAACGAUUGAGGUGCCUAUACACCGCGCGGAUGUUGUAUGGGCAUUCAAGGGUACAGGACAGCCCAAGAGAGGGCACCAAGCAAUGGUAUUUGUGCAUGCAAGAAGAGAGACAACGGAGACAGCAGCAGCACUAGCAGCAGCAGCAGCAGCAGGCGGAUACGAAAAUCUAUUUUCUGCUGCAGCAGCAAAUCCAACUGCAGCACAGCAGCAACUGCUGCAGCGACUGCAGCACAGCAACCCCCAACAGCGAUUCCAACCCAAAUACCACCAGCACCACCUGCAGCAGCAGCAGCAGCAGCAGCAGCAGGGGGAGGAGGAGCAGCAGCAGCAGCAGCAGCGGCGGCAGAGGAGAGGGGAUAGGGGUUUGCCCUUCCAUCUAUGGCUAUCUGAAGCAGACACAGGCAAGCUGCUGCACAGCGAGACCCUUGUAUUGGGCCGCCAGCACCAGAAAAAAAAACACCACCACCGCCACCAGCAGCAGCAGCAGCAGCAGCAGCAGCAGCAGCAGCGGCAGCAGCAGCAGCAGCAGCAGCAGCAGCAGCAGCAGCAGCAGCAGCAGCAGCAGCAGCGGCAGCAGCAGCAGCAGCAGCAGCAGCAGCAGCAGGAGCGGGAGCAGGAGGGGCAAAAGGUGGAGUUUUGUAUACCUUUACAUGACCCAGGGAGACAAACACAGUUUGUAGUUGAUCUUAUAAGCGAUAGAUGGGAGACAGCAGCAGCAGCAGCAGAGCAGCAGCAGCAGCAGCAGCAGCAGAGGAGGAAGAAAUAA